UCUGCUAUAAAUCCAAUCUGCUCCAGUGCUCUGUACGCCCUCCCAGCAGCAGCUGCAGCCCUCUCUCUCUGUGGGAACCCAAACACAUGAUGAGUGCGCCAAAGAAAGUCUGUGUGAUCGGCUCUGGUAACUGGGGCUCUGCCAUUGCCAAGAUCGUGGGAGCCAACGCAGCAAAAUAUGACAAGUUUGACACCACAGUGAACAUGUGGGUGUUUGAGGAGACGGUGAACGGCAGGAAACUUUCAGAAAUCAUCAACUCAGACCAUGAGAAUGUGAAGUACCUUCCUGGACACAAGCUGCCCCCUAAUGUGGUAGCCGUUCCAGAUUUGGCGGAGUCUGUGAAGGGAGCUGAUAUCCUGAUUUUCGUGGUUCCUCACCAGUUCAUUUCAAAAGUGUGCGAAACCAUCAAAGAUCACAUAAAAAAGGAUACGAUUGGAAUGUCUCUCAUCAAGGGUGUAGAUGCAGGACCAGAGGGUCUGAAGCUCAUUUCCGAGGUCAUCCGGGAGAAACUCGGCAUCACCAUGACCGUCCUCAUGGGUGCAAACAUUGCCAAUGAAGUCGCUGAUGAGAAGUUCUGCGAAACAACUAUUGGGUGCAAAGACAAAGCUUAUGGACCACUGCUGAAGGAUCUGAUGCAGACCACAAACUUCCGUGUGACGGUGGUGGAAGAGUCUGAUGUGGUGGAGAUCUGCGGAGCACUCAAGAACAUAGUGGCGGUGGGAGCAGGCUUCUGCGACGGCCUUGGAUUCGGCGACAACACCAAAGCCGCGGUGAUCCGUCUCGGCCUAAUGGAGAUGAUUGCCUUCGCCAAGGUCUUCUGCACAGAUUGCCCCGUCUCCCCUGCCACCUUCCUGGAGAGCUGCGGCGUGGCUGACCUCAUCACCACCUGCUACGGAGGGCGCAACCGGAAGAUUGGAGAGGCGUUUGCAAAGACGGGGAAAAGCAUCGAGCAGUUGGAGAUUGAGCUGCUGAACGGACAGAAGCUUCAAGGUCCAGCGACAGCCAGCGAAGUCCACGUAGUCUUGAAGCAGAAGAACAUGGUGGACAAGUUUCCUCUUUUCACUGCUGUUUAUCAGAUCUGCUUCAAUGGCCACCCAGUCACAGAGUUCAUCAAGUGUUUGCAAAACCACCCUGAGCACUUGUGAGAGACUCAAAUAAUGGACUGAAGCUGGGAAAGACUUAUUAGAGCUACUGUGCAACCAAGUUUUUAAUGGGAGGGACAGUUUUUAUUAAUUUUGGUCUGAGCUUCAGACCUUCCCUUGUUGCAGUCACUUUGGGUCUAUUUCUAAAAUCUAAAAAAGAGAAAAAUGGGCUUUAUUUGCCCUGUGUUUACCUGACCUGCUGACAGAAGCACAUUUUCUGUUUUUACUGAUGGUUAAAUUGUUGUAAAGGACUUGAGUCUUAAAUCUUUUGAAAAAUUUGUCUUAAUUUGGCUAAAAAACGUACAAUAACCAAGGUCUUAUCAAAUGUUACAAAUGUGCCUUUUCAUUCAUAGGUUUCUCAUGAAAAAGGAAGCACUGAACUAAAACCACUCCAAUAAUGUAUUUUUUUUUUCAUUAAGAUUCAAUGAAAGUGCCCAAAAGUUUUACAUAAUGUAUUU